GAAUUUUUAUACAUCGAUAUGUCAGUAUUUGUUUAGGUCCAUCUCAAAAUUUACUAUUUAUAAAUUGUUUGUUCCCGCGACUUUUUAAAGCCAAAGUAAAGCUUAAAAAAAUGAAUUACCUGAGCCAAAACUGCACUGUCCACGUGGAGGUUCGCCUCAAACGCACUGAUCAGCGUUUGCAGACGCUGCAUUCUAUACUGAUGCCGGCUUUGAAAGCUUAUUUGCAGUCGGGCAGAGACCUCCCGCUCAAUGUUCCCCUUGUCCCUGCUCUGUCCGAGGAAGAGCGCCAGCUGGUGGAUACUGUGCUACUCGAGUGCGACAACGACGACGGACAGUGGCUUGAUUCAUCGGCCCACAGCAAGUUCCGUUUCCACUUCUAUAUGCCUCAUCCAACGGAUGCAAGCUCCGGUGCUGGACUCUUCGAUGGAAGCGCCAGCGGUGAUGGUGAUGGCGUCGAUAGCGUCAUAGCAGCCAAUCACUUUUUACUGCCAGCCAGUCAGCUUGUGGGUCUCUGGGAGAAUCUGAUCUACGAAAGCGGAGUGAAGGAGAAGCUUCUUACGUUCGCCCUGUCCGCCCUGAGCUUCUCGCAGCAUCGUGUGGACAUGAAUGUGAUUGCCUGUAACCGACUGUUGCUGCUCCAUGGCCCGCCAGGAACGGGCAAAACAAGCCUGUGUAAGGCUCUGGCCCAGAAGCUGGCUGUUCGGACACAGGGCAGCUACGCAUACACCCACUUGGUGGAGAUAAACAGUCACAGCCUUUUCUCCAAGUGGUUUUCGGAAAGCGGUAAGCUUGUGGCGGGUCUGUUCUCAAAAAUCGGAGAAUUGGUAGCUGACAAGAACAACCUAGUCUGUGUGCUUAUCGACGAAGUGGAGUCGCUGGCAUACGCUAGAAGUUCCAUGUCCAGCAAUGAGCCUAGGGACGCCAUGCGUGUUGUGAAUGCGGUACUAACCCAGCUGGAUAAUAUAAAGGCUUGUCCCAACGUGCUCAUCCUGGCCACUUCCAACCUGGCGCAGAGCAUAGAUCUAGCGUUCCUGGAUCGUGCUGAUAUCCGUCAGUAUAUAGGAUAUCCGGGCUUGCCGGCUGUUCGAUCUAUUUACAAGACUAUGUUGGCGGAGCUCAUGUCGACGGGCAUCGUGCAGCGGGAGGAUUUGGAGGCUGAGGAUGCCGAGGAGGGACUCUUGACUAAUUUGGCUGAAGUCAGCAUCGGUCUAAGUGGUCGCACCCUGCGAAAACUGCCGCUCCUGGCCCACGCCCAGUACACGAGCAGCCAGUUUUACGAAGAGAACCAAAAAAUAAGCCUUUCGGACUUUCUGGACGCCAUGCGUUUGGCCUUGGACCAGCAUUUGACUGAACAGCGACUGCUGAAGCUAGAGUCUAUGGAGCAACUCUGAGCUAGCUUUGUACUUAACCAAUUCUCUCAUAAGUCCAGACAGUAAAAAAAUAUAAAGACCCCUCACCCACACCCAAACCUACUGUAUUCCCAUCAACUGCGAUACUUUGUAAACUUCAAUUUGCUGCUAUGAAAAACAAUCCGAGGCAGAGGACCAAUCCUGUCCCCAUCCUGUUA